CCACCAUCAUCUCACGACCAUGGCAGAGCAUAUCAAGGCCACGUUCAAGGCGAAAGCUGACAAGAACGAGGCGGCCUUUGUGGCUUUCGUAACCGCAGGCUUCCCUGCCAAGGAGGACACCGUCGACAUCCUCCUCGGUCUCGAGGCAGGGGGUGCAGACAUCAUUGAGCUCGGCGUGCCCUUCUCUGACCCGCAGGCAGAUGGUCCUGCCAUUCAGCGCAGCAAUGAAGUCGCACUGGCGCAGGGCGUCAAUUACAAAAUGUGCUUGGGAUACGUCAGCGAGGCAAGACGGCGCGGCCUCAAAGCGCCAGUCGUCUUCAUGGGAUACUACAACCCUCUUCUGGCUCAUGGAGAGCAGAAGGCUGUCACUGAUGCCAAGGAGGCGGGAGCAAAUGGUUUCAUCGUAGUAGACUUGCCGCCUGAGGAGGCAGAGGACUUCCGUGCUUGCUGCACAAAGGAGGGCAUGUCAUUCAUCCCCCUCAUUGCCCCGUCAACAACUCCUAAGCGCACUCAGCAUCUGGCCAAGCUCGCCGACUCGUUCAUCUACGUCGUCUCCAAGAUGGGCGUCACCGGCGUCUCCAACACCGUCAAUCAGUCCCUUCCCGAGAUGCUCAACCGCAUUCGCACGGUUAGCAACGCCUACCUUGCCGUCGGCUUUGGUGUCGCCACGCGCGAGCACUUCGUCGAAGUCGGCGAACACUCGGACGGAGUCGUCAUCGGCAGCAAGCUCGUCGCAGUCCUGCGUGAUGCACCAGGUUCUACUGCAGAGCGAGCCAAGGCGGGUGAGGAUUACUGCGCCUCAAUUACAGGAAAGAAGACCGGCGGCAUUCAGCGUUCUCAGCCGCUCCGCAUCAAGGACGCAAUUGACAUUCCAGACUCGAUCCCCACACCUAAGCUCGAUGGCGUAGUCAAUGGCGAUCGCCCUCCCAUUCCCGGCCUCGACCCAGUCCCCGACUCCAAGGGUGUGCUCCGCCCUCCUCGCUUCGGCAAGUUCGGAGGCCAAUACGUCCCGGAAGCCCUCUACGACUGUCACGCCGAGCUGGAGAAAGCCUACCUCGAUGCUCUGGCCGACCCCGCCUUCUGGAAAGAGUUUGAGUCCCACUACGAGUACAUCGGCCGCCCCUCCGAACUCUACUUCGCUGAGCGUCUCACCGAAUAUGCGGGCGGGGCCAAUAUUUGGCUCAAGCGCGAGGAUUUGAACCACACUGGCUCGCACAAGAUCAACAAUGCCAUUGGACAGGCUCUCCUCGCUAAGCGAUUGGGUAAGCCGAGGAUCAUCGCAGAGACCGGAGCGGGGCAGCACGGUGUUGCUACUGCUACGGCCUGCGCCAAAUUCGGCCUGGAGUGCGUCGUGUACAUGGGCGCAGAGGAUGUGCGCAGGCAAGCGCUCAACGUCUUCCGUAUGAAGAUGCUUGGCGCCAAGGUCGUCGCCGUCGAGAGCGGGUCGAAGACGCUCAAGGACGCCAUCAAUGAGGCAAAUCGCGACUGGGUCACCAACCUGUCCAACACGCACUACAUCGUAGGCUCGGCGAUUGGUCCCCAUCCGUUCCCCAGCAUCGUGCGCGAGUUUCAGCAAGUGAUCGGCGCAGAGACCAAGAAGCAGAUGCAGGAGAAGCGCGGCAAGCUGCCCGAGGCCGUAGUAGCCUGCGUGGGUGGUGGGUCGAACGCAAUCGGCAUGUUCCAUCCCUUUGUUGAGGACAAGUCCGUCCGCCUCAUCGGCGUUGAAGCGGGCGGAGACGGGGUAGACACCAACCGCCACUCUGCGACGCUGAGCAAGGGCACUCCGGGCGUCCUGCAUGGCGUUAAGACGUACCUUCUUCAGGCACCAGACGGGCAAAUCACCGAAACCCACUCCAUCUCUGCUGGGCUGGACUACCCUGGUGUUGGACCAGAGCACGCCUUCCUCAAAGACUCCGGCCGCGCAGAGUACACGGUCGCCACCGACGAGGAUGCGCUGCGUGCUUUCAGGCUGGUGUGUGAGAAGGAGGGCAUUGUGCUUGCGCUCGAGACGAGCCAUAUGGCUUUCGCGCUUGUCAAUGAGGCGAGGAAGAUGCCCAAGGGCACGGAUAUUGUCGGGUGCGCGUCAGGCAGGGGAGACAAGGAUGUUGAGCAGAUCUGCGCAGCGCUCAAGGAGAAGGGGUGGAGCGACAAGUUGGACUGGCACAUUGCGUGA